UAAACCAGGAAGUGGCCACCGAGACAGAUUGCGCUAAAUUGCUUAAGUCCCGCCUACUUUUCCCUCAUUCUCUCACGCAAUUGGUCCUCACUCCCACAUUGAACCUUCCGAUUGGUGGCCUGUUCGCCUCCGCCUCGCCGCUAUUGGCCAGCGUCGCCUGAGAAAGCUCCCGGUCCCUCCUUUGUGUGCGGCUGUGUGGGCACCAGCGAGGCGGGACUAAAGCCCAACACAGUGCCGUGCGAGGCGGGACUAAAGCCGCAGACUAAAAAGGAUUGGAGAGACUGAUGGAAGCUUGGGAACGCACCGCUGAAAAAGGCGCUAGAAGGACGGCUAGGAGAGUGGCGGGCUAGCGGCUAGCAGCGGAGAAGUUGUCACCAAGCUGCGGUGAAAAGUGGGAUUUGAUGGCAGUCUAGCAGGACUAGAGACCCGGCGGAGGAAGGCAAGACCCAGGACACCGAGGAGCCAUGUACACCACCACCUCUCUGCAACUGCCCAAGCAGGACGAGGAGGAGGAGGAGGAGGAGGAAGAUGAGGAGCAAGGGGAGGAGUUUGUGUUUGAUGACAGCGAAGGCGAGGAGACGCGCCAGGAGGGCGGCGAAGGGCUCGGUAUUCGUGGCGUCUUCGUGCAACCAGAGUCCAAACCAGCGUCACAAGCUGUGCCAGACGUCACACAACAGGACGGAGGUGCCCGCAAGGAAGCGUCCAUUUCCACCCAAGAUGUUCCAGUGGGAGAGUCAGCCAGCGGCGGAGCCUCGGAAGGACUCCAGUCCAAUGCCUCGGCUCCGCGUGAGAAAGAGGAGCUUCUAUCCCGUCCUGCGAGGCCAUCGGCGCGAGACGGCGGCACGGAAACCGUGCAGGCACGCCCGGACGUCCCUGAAGCAUCAAAUGAAAGCGAAAGUAACUCCAGGACUGAAGACUCUUCAGAGGUCAUCUAUGAUGACGUUCCUGUGAGGAGGCCCUCUCCCUGA